GACAUCAAUAAUAAUAGAAUUGUGUUCAACAAGUUAAUUUUAUAUUCAGUUAAAAUUGUUUAUAAAAACAUGUUUUAAAUUAAAUUAGUGAGUAGAAUUUACAGAUUUAAAAUGUGUACCGAAGAAAUAUCGGAAUAUCGCGAUGAAAACAACAAUGUUGAGAAAAGUAUUGAUCUAAAUACUUUUGAUAGUGAGCUUGGUUACUAUCAACAAGUAAUUCGACCGCUACUCGCUCCAGGACACGAUUGCGAACUAAUUUUUUGGCUUAAAACAACUGGAAUGAUACCAAAUGUACAGGUUUGCAAAAACUCUAAGAACAAUGAAAAUUGCAACAAAACCAUGGCUUGGUUUCCUUCGAGGAACCAGGAUUUCUACCAGUGGAAAUGCAAUAACUGUUUGGUUAAGAAAUCUAUUCGAGAUGGAUCUAUGUUUUGCGAUGUUAAGUGUAAUUUUAAGAAUGCACUGAGGAUUUUGUUGGGAUGGAGCAAAUGCAAUGAUUUUGAGAAUAUUGCUGCUAUGUUGGGCAUUAAAAAUUGCGUUGUAAGUGGUCUAUAUAAUACAUCAGCCCAACUAGCUGAAGAGUACAUACAAAAAAACAUCACUGAAUUUCAAAUUGGAGGUCCAGGAUCCAUUAUUCUUUUUGAUAUUUAUCCAACGGGAUUUGGACCUACAAGUAGGUCUUUUAGGCCUAUUUUAUGUUUAGCAGAAGUAAAGACUAUGCCUCAGAAAUACUGGUAUCAAUCUCUUGAAAGAAACCGCCCCACCCAAAACAAGGAAAAAAUUCUAAAAGUAAUCCAACAAAUUGUUAAACCAGGUUCAGUCCUGGUGGUACCCAGUGAAUCCCAAUUAUGUUCAUAUGCAGAUUUCUUACCAUUAAAAAAUUUAUACCCCACCAUUGUCACUGUGGGUUGUUUAAAGAGGCACAAUACACCCCAAACCACUUGCGAGGAAAACCUGGAAAUAAUCUGGAAACAAGCUUCAAAUGUUUGUGCACAAGCCCAACUUUAUAACAAUAAUAAUGUACAGCAAUACUUGACAAGCCAAAUGUGGCACCAAAGGUUUGGCAAUGAGGCUUUUGAAAGGUUAUUACACCAGUUUAGUAUCUACUAGAUACCAGAGAGAGUUAAUUUUACUAAUACAUUGUAAAAUUAAUUUACAAUUUGAGCAAUUAUGAAAUGUAUGGAAGUUCUGGCUUUUUUCCUAAUUUAAAUUUUUAUAAUAAAGAUUAAGUUUAAUUGUUCUCUUAAUGACAUUUUACAUAUAGUUAAUUAAAAUUUAUUACAAUUUAAAAAAAUGUUUUGUUAAAAACAAA